AUGCUGCUGGAGAUCGUUUGGUUAUGCUUGGCUUGGUCAUCGGAUGCCUUUGUCCCUACACAGGUUUCCCUGGCAGCUGGAAGCCACGCAGAUAGCACAAUCAGCAUCACAUGGCUAACAGAUGAUGAUAGAGAUGAUCCAACCUCCUGUGCCGAAGUUGCAGUGGUCCAUGUGCGAGGCCCCAUUGCUGACCAGUCCGAGCACGCGAGAAUGGCUCCAGGAUUACAUGUUGUUGGGACAUGCUCGCGCUAUUCGUUGGGCUCAGCUCCUGAACUUUUUGGAAACUACACGUCUGGGCGAAUACACACUGUCCAAGUCAAUGGGCUGGUCGCAGGCAGUACGUAUGCUUACACGUUGUUUGGUGACAGCCCUUCCACCACACGCCACUUCAAGACACUGCCUGCUUCAGAGGAGCCCGAACCCCGCAAGGCUGAUCCACGAUUUCCUUUCGUUCUUGGCGUAAUCGGCGACCUUGGCCAGACUGCUGACUCCCAAGAGACAGUUCGACACCUGGAUGCGGACCCGAGUCUGCAGAUUCUACUCCACGCUGGUGACAUGGCAUAUGCUGACACGGAGUCCAAACGGUGGGAUUCGUACGGUCUCAAGGUCGAGCCCCUCUCAUCACGGUUGCAGUGGAUGGUAUGUCCGGGGAAUCACGAGAUUGAAAGCGAUUAUUACACAGGGGAGAGCUUCAAGGCAUAUGAGGCGCGGUUUGCAAUGCCUUCAGUGCAGCCCGUGGAGUCAUUGCCGUCUACGAAGCAAAUCGGGUGCAAGCACCCCUUUCCUGCAAAGCCCCAUAAAGGACCCGAUUGCACGCCCUCUGUCUUCUCUGGUGGUUAUGACUGGGGCAACUCGUUCUAUGCCUUCGAUGCGGGUCCGGCCAGAGUUAUUUCAUUGAACAGCUAUGCCAACACGGGGCCGCAGUCAGCGCAACUCAACUGGCUCAGAGAGGAGCUGGAAGCGCUGGCUCGAAGGAGGUCCUCAACACCAUGGCUGAUUGUGAUGAUGCACUGCCCUUUUUACAGUUCCAACGCAGCCCAUCACGAGGAGAGACAGACGACCUUGAUGAGGGACAUCCAUGGUUUUGAGGACUUGUUGCAGAAGCAUGCAGCCGCGGUCGUGAUCAGUGGCCACGUGCAUGCCUAUGAGAGGACCCACCCUGUGUACAGAAAUGUCACUAAGCCAGGGGCCCCCACUUACAUUGUGGUGGGGGAUGGGGGCAACAGAGAGGGGCAUGCAAAAGACUACUUGCCACAACCCAGCUGGUCUGCGUUUCGCAAUGGGUUGACCUUUGGCCACGGGCGCCUAGUAAUUGCCAACAAAACUCACAUGCAGUGGGAAUGGUGGACGAACGAUGACACGCUGCCACCAGCAAUGAACAAAGAACGUGCAGCAAGACGUGCAGCGGACCUGGAGCUGUCGGGUUCAAUCUUCGACGUCGACUCUCCUUGGCGCUCGCCCCUGCCACAGCGAAGCGCGGUUGACAGCGUCUGGAUCCGUAACCCGUAUCGUGAUCCGCCUCCUCGAAGCAGAUUCGCGAACGCAAGCCUUUGGGCACUGGGACUGGUUUCGGUGUCAUCAGCAGUAUUGGCUUUCCUUGUUAUUGCUGUGCAGCGAUGUCGCCGCAGGAGGCUCGCCGCCCAACCUGUACAAAGUUCACAAAGUAUCAACAGUGCCGAGAUGCAGAGCACAAGCUCAAGCAGAACGCUGUUAGAUUCAUGA